AUGAGCUUCGAGCUCACAGCCUUCCCCCUUCUGGGGAUUGAGCGCUUUCUUUAUGGAUACAUCUAUCAGUUUCCUGAGUCCUUCAAGCGUUGCUGCAAAGGGCCUCUGAAGACACUUCUGGACUACGACGAGGGCGUGUACUGGCAGGUAGCAAAACACCUGGGUGUUGGCAUCAAAGUGUUUCAGUUUGGCGUCCUGGGCUAUGAUCUCGCAUGGCGAAGGAGCUUGUCACUUGCCGAGCCACGCAUGCUUUGCCCUGGCUUGGCCCUGGUGGGACUGGGCCAGCUGCUGAACUCAGCGACCUUCCGAACCAUCGGCGCGAAGGGAGUCUACUACGGCUCCCAGCUUGGGUAUGAUGUGCCGUGGGCAACAGCAUUUCCCUACAACAUAGGCAUUAGCGAUCCGCAGUACUGGGGCGUCAUUUGCUCCGUUUGGGGCUUCUACCUUUGUGUAGCUCCCACUGGCGACCUGUUGAAUGAGCACUUUGUUGUGCCGUGGCUGGAGACCUUCUGGUACAUCAUGUCCAUGAAGCUCUUCGAGCACAAGGGCAAUGGUGGCCGCCUGCUCCGUGCCCUGGGCUUUGAGGUGAAGUGA